AUGGCUCUCACUAUCCCUACGACCAUCUCCUCGUUGUCUAAAUCAUCCCUCUCAAACCUCUCAGCAAGUAGGCGACAAGCUCUUAUCGUUGCGCUGAUAUCGGCAAUCUUAGCUAGAUCUGUCCCUAUCAAUGCAUCGUCCGUUGUGAAAAACUGGCGAGAUGAGAGAUUGGCAAGGAAGGCUGAAAGGAAGAGGAGAGAGACAGAAACGCCAUUGAAUACCCCCGCAUUGGAAAAGAAACUUGUUGAUCUGUAUAUCCCCCAUCCUGAUGGAGGAUCACGUACAUUACUUGUACCACACAUGGGAAGGAUUUCAAAAGUACGAAUUACCCCAACCUCUUCAGAUCUAUACGCAUCACAUCUAGCUUCUUUUCCCCCUCUUGAUCCGACAGAAAAGCUAGGCGUCAACAAGAAAUUCUGGAAGAUGCUAGUCGCGGUACUGAAAGUUGCUUUCCCAAGCAAAACGGGGAAAGAAGCUUUCUUGUUGGUCUUACAUUCAUUCUUCCUCCUCUCGAGAACAGUGUUGAGUGUCAUGGUAGCCCGUCUAGAUGGAAGGAUCGUUCGGGAUCUAGUUUCGGCAAAUGCAGCUGGUUUCCUUCGAGGUUUAGGAUGGUGGUUCGUCCUCGCUAUCCCUAGUACAUACACGAACUCUAUGAUCCGGUACCUAGAACGGAAACUCGCCUUGGCACUGAGAACGAAUCUCACUCGAUAUGUCCAUGAUCUCUAUUUAAAUGACAAUCUCAAUUACUAUAAAUUCGGUUUGGGUUUGGGUGCUUCGGUCCCUGUCGAGCAGAAGAAAGGUGCCGGAGGUGGCGCUAGUGAAGCUUCUGCUGGAACGGCGGACCAAUUCAUCACCACCGAUGUCGCACGUUUCUGUGAUUCCUUGGCUGCCCUUUACGGAAAUAUAGGAAAACCAUUCCUUGAUAUGGUAAUCUUUACAUCUCAACUGGCAGCUGCUCUGGGACCCUUAGGAACAAUUGGUUUGUUCGCCAAUUACGGCUUCACCGCUUGGGUAUUGAAGAAAGCUACACCUGCAUUCGGGAAAAUGGCUGCGACCGAAGCUAGACUUGAGGGAGAAUAUAGAGCGGGUUUAGGAAGGAUUGGUCGAGACGGAGAGGAGGUAGCCUUCUAUAAUGGCGGUAAAAGGGAGAAAGGUAUCCUCAUGGCUGCCUACCAACGACUGGCAAAGCAUGUCCAUACAGUGUUCAAGGUCAGGAUACCUUACGGCAUGACGGAAGAUUUUGUGAUCAAGUAUCUCUGGUCCGCUGCAGGAUACUGUUUGAUGUCUCUGCCUAUAUUAUUCCCAGCGGCAGGAAAGACACUUGGUCCAGCUACGUCGAACCAAGGCACGAUGGGAGUUGGGCAUGAAGUUGCAGCGAGGACUGAAAGUUAUGUCUCAAAUCGACGAUUGUUGCUUUCACUAGCAGAUGCCGGUGGCCGACUUAUGUAUUCUGGUAAAGAUCUAGCAGAACUUUCAGGGUACACUUCACGAGUAUAUGCUUUAUUGUCAUCAUUACACGCUCUAAACAACAACAUAUAUCCUGAAAACCCCAGACCAACCAGUUUGGAGGAAGGUCAGCCGUUUUACGAUUUGUCCAAAGUCAAUGGACGAGUGAUACUUGGGCCAAAGCAUUUGUUGCUUCGAGACGUACCUAUCGUAGCUCCGGCAGGAGGAGUAGCAGGAGCCGAACGGGGAGGAGAGGAGUUGAUACAUAGAUUAGAUCUAAGAGUGGAGCAGGGAGAACAUACGUUGAUCACCGGACCAAAUGGUGUAGGGAAGACUUCUAUUGCUCGGAUUGUAGCUCAACUUUGGCCGACUUGGUCUGGAUUGAUGGAAAGACCAAUUCAUGGUGAAGGAGGUACAUUCUUCCUCCCCCAAAGACCAUAUCUCAGCAUCGGCAGUUUAAGAGACCAUCCUCACAGUUUUGCAGAGAUGAAGUCCCGUGGUAGAACAGAUGCUGAACUCAUGAGUAUACUUGAACAUGUUCAUUUGGCUUAUCUGCCUUCGCGAGAAGGGGGCUGGGAGACUAGGAAGGAGUGGAAAGAUGUGCUAUCGGGUGGUGAGAAGCAGCGAAUGGGAAUGGCGAGAUUAUUCUAUCAUCGACCCUCUUAUGCCGUUCUUGACGAGUGUACUUCUGCUGUAUCCAGUGAUGUCGAAGGAUUGAUGUAUGAGCAUGCCAAAAAUUUGGGUAUUACCUUGGUCACCAUCUCGCAUCGGCCUUCGUUAUUGAAAUACCAUAAUCGACAUUUACGUCUAGGUGAUCCAACCACCACAUCGCAAACUCCCUUGAAUCGAACUCCAGCAGCUUCAACAACGAAUUUAACAGGUUUGACCAACCUUCAACCUAUACCUCAAACUCCUUCUACACCAUUAGCAGCUCACGGAUGGCAACUAACCACAUUGAAUUCGACUAGCGCAGAAGAGAAGAAGGAGUUGGAUCAUGAAAUUGAAGAGAUAGAAAGGCAAUUAGGUGAAGUUGAAGGUUGGGAGAAAAGGCUGGAUAUUAUUGGUAAAAAGUUGAAAGGUGAGAAGAUUGAUGCGGAAGUGUAG